CGCCGGUGGCUGCCCCGUUCCCUCGCCCGGGUGACAGCGCGUCCCCGCGGGCGGGAGGCGGAGGCUCGGCUCGGUGUCGGAGGGUGACAGCGCUGGAAGAGGCGCGUCGGUGAUGCUGUAGCACAUGAAUAGUGUGAGAGAACUCUUGGCUGCCUCUGUAAUUUCCAUCCAGAACUCCUGCUUCAUCUACCCUGCCUGUCAAAACUGCUUUUCUAGGCUGAUACUGGAUUCUAGGAGGUUUAACUGUCCAAAAUGUGGCUUCACAGGUGAGGCUAAAGAUGCAAGCUGCAGAUACAGAUUGUCCCUAAAGGUUGCUGACACUAAUGAUUUGUUUGACAUCACCGUGUUUGGAAGUUGCUUAGAUCCAUUCUUUGGGGUCACCGCAGAUAAUCUGCAGAGGUGUAUUCAAGACUUCAAUCAGCUGUCAGAAGAAACAAACACAGAUGCAACUCAAGCAGCAUUAGUUCAAGCAGUGGAAACCUGUUUUAUUGGAAGAAGAUUUAUAUUUGGAGUGAAGGCUUGGGCAAAGGAAGAUGGAGGCCAUUCUGCUGCCAGCAGCAUCUUGCAGAACUGCUCCAGAAUUAAUAGAAGUACAAAAACCCUUACAGCUUGCCAGCUCUUCCUGCCAAAUGCUGCUGUUACUGGCUUUACUGUUAUCAGCUACUUCCAUCGGCUCCUGCAGUCAGCAAGAGUCAGGAGCUGUAGUAACAGCUCAGAUUCACCUGACACGUCAGCAGCUCCAGCAGAUGAACCUGUCAGUGAGCUCAGCACCGUGUCUAGCCUGAGCAGAAACUCCUGCUCUGCUCAGUCUAGUGGCAGAGAAGGUUCUUUAGGGUCCUGGCAGCAGUCCUUCAGCCUGACUUCAUCUGUUGCUUGGGUAACAGCGGAAGACUUUCCCACUCUGGAAGUGGGAAAGCUGGUGAGUGAACAGCAUGAACAAGAGGGGAGGCCUGUCCCUGCAGAAUCGUGCAGUGUGAGCCUAAACAAUCAAACUAUCUGGGAUUCACCAUUUUGCAGCUCUGCUGUGAAGGAAGGGGAUAAAGAGGAGCAUGAUGAGUUGAGUUCACAGCCUAAUUGGAGUGACAGUAUCUCUGCAACUGAUAAAUUAGAGAGAAUAUCCUCUUCAGAGACUGAGUGUUCACAUGGAAACAGUUCCAGGUUGUUACAACAUCCCUUGGAACUUGGGGUACAAAGCACUUACCCAAAGACUGAUGGUAGAAAUUAUUCUUGCCCAGAAAAAUCCCACAACUCCCUUUUAUACAAGAAAGAUGCCUCAGCUUCUAGUCACAUAAAUGUAUCUCAGGUGGACUCUGUGCUUUGGGAUGAGCUCCCGUUCUCGGAAAGCCUAGAUGAAUUUUUAGCCAGAAUAGAAGAAGACAAGAGCAUCAUAACAUCACCCAACGUAGAUGCAGGCAAACAUCUGCCUGCCCUUCUGGAAAGCAGCAGGUUGGGCAUAAAUCUUAACAAAUCAUGUCCCAGGCAAACCCUUGUAGCUGCUGAUUUGCCUGAAGCAAGUGUCUCCAGGAAGCUCUUGCCACCAGCAGAGAGUGAUAGUUGGGAGAAUGUGAUGUUUGCCUGUCUUCAGUCACAUGCAAAUCCUCAGAGUGAUGAGGUGUCACAAUGUGAGUCUUCCUCUAGUGCUUUAUCUGACAAAGAAUCUUGCUUUAUGCCUAACCUUCAUCUACCUAUUCUGUCACAGUCCUUGCCAGUUACACCAGAGCCUUCUGUUUCCGAGAGCAGGUAUGUGCAGUCCAAAGCAGCAAAUAAUGACAUUUCAAAGUCAUCUUGGUCUUUUAUUAAUCAGUGUGCUGCUAAACAUGGAGAAACCUCCUGUGUAAAGAGGAGCGAGGCAGCUCCCUGUGUGCAUUCUGCACGUGAUAGCUGCUUAGCUGCUUGGGAAAAUAAAGAAAACUCUUCUUCUACACCAAGCCAAAGACCAGAUCUUACACUCACAGGGACAUGGGACUCUAAUGCAGCAAUGCCCAGCAAUACAAGAAGGAUUUAUAAAAGAGAAUUAAAACCAUUGAGAGAAGUGUCAGAAAACACCCUCAGAAGUGUUAAUGGGAGAGAGACGCUGUGGAACAGUAUCUUCCCUGAAGGCAGCUACGAUGCUUCUGCUGAUCUCUUUGAUGCAAGUGCAAGAGACGUAGCAAAACCUGUUGAAUUCUUAAAGAAAUCAGGUAAUUCUUUAAUAAAGGAAGAUGAUACUUUGACAGAAAAGGUCUCAGCUCUUGAAUUGGUGCUUUAUGCUGGAGAUGUUUCCUGUAACCGUUCAAAACGGAGCUCAUCCCGAUACAGGUCCCCUCCUGCUUUUAGGAAGCACAGUACACCAGUAACAUCCUUCUUUUGUGAUGCACAGUGCGAUUCAGUCAGCGCUCAAGACUUUGUUCCAUAUUCACAGUCCACUCCUAUGGCAAAACCUCUCCAGAAGCUGUGGCCUGUUGGGGAAAGAAGCUCUUUUGUCACUGUCUUCACCCCUACAAAUCCCAGGAAGAUCCAUUCUAAAUGCAAGCGAUCUAGGUCUGCCUUUCAAAACACACUGCUGCAGCAGUUUACCGGCAGGUUAGCGAAACAUAAAAGACCAAGUAAUAGCGAAGACAAAGAAAGUAAUAGCUCUGUGUCACAGCAGUUCCUUAACAGCCAGCUGCCUGCCAGCUGUGAGGAUUGGAUCCCUCCUUCUGCAAACAAAAGGUUGAAGCCAUCUGCAUCUUUACAUUUAAAAGCAGUUGGGCUGGCUCCUGACGUGCAGGUGACCUGUGGGCACACUGGGAGGAACCCUGCUUCUGAGAGCAAAGAGAACAGUGAGAAUGAUGCAUGCUUGCAGAAUGAGAGAUUAAGCCCUGGGGACACAGCCUGGGUUCUAACAACUCCUGUAUCUGCUGGUGUCACCAAGGCCUUGUUCUUCAAUGAUACAGACCUGGAGACUUGUUCCCCUUUGGAAGGCAAGACUCUCCUCUCAAGUGCACGUUACUCAGGGGGGAUAUCUGGAGGGGCUGCUGGCUGGUCUCCCGAGUUGUUCUUCCAAGCACAAACCCCUUUUUCCCAUAAGCCAAAACACUAAAAAUGGAUAUAUCUAUGCUGUGUUCUUUUUAAUUAUGUGUAAAACUUUUGGGAAGGAGCCAGUAGAAGAAAAGCUAUUUAGUAAUUGUUUAUGCACCUAUUGGCAUAUAUAUUCCUAAGAUGAGUUGUGUUUAUUUGCAGAUCUUUGCACCACAGAGAUGGGGGGAAAACCAGAAUUUGCACUUACAAUUUUACUGUAAUUGAACUCUAGAAUGUGCACUAAGGAAUUUUGUAACUGGGUAUUUAAUAGCUCUCACUUUAUCAAGUACAGGCGGGUGAAGUCUUGUAGCGCAGUGUUGUCUUUUCAUCAUGAGAAGAGCCCAGGGCCUGUUGAGCUCUCCUGCACGGCAGUGGUCUGCACGCCAGGAUCACUCCUUGAGUAAGGACACCUCGCAAGGUUACUCCUUGAAGUUGAGAGGGAAGAGUAUCUGAAAUCAAACCAGCUGAGCAGGGUAUUAGUGAGCUACAGUAGCUGCUACCAAGGGUACUGGUGUGCUGAGUCUGCAGGCGUUCCUACAGGCUGACCAGAGAAAAUGGUUCCCCAUGGCUGCACACGUAAAUUCACUUUAGAGAAGUUUCUCCAUAGCAGUCACUGUUGGGUUGGGUUUUUUCACUACUUACUUUCUUACAGUUGAGGAAAUAGAGGCACAGGUUCAAAGGCUUGCCCAACAUUAAGGAGCAUGGAGCCUACCUGUGGCCAUCACUGAAAGACCUUAACCAGCAAACCCUCUUUUCUCCUUCGUGUCCUACCCAGCAAGAUACUUGAGCACAACCCAGUUGUUCUUCCCAGCGUUUAAGGAUGCUGCAGCAGUAGAUGGUGGUGGCAAGAGGCUCAAGGUUUAUUCUUACAGGCCAAGCCUGGAUCUCUGCAGUCCCUGGAUCCUAGAUGUAAAAAGAAGAAAAAGGAACAUCCAGUUAUAGCAAGAAGGAGCAGAAUUAAUAAUUUGAUGAUCAAAGUAACUUCAAGCAUCGUACCUGUGAAUGGUGUCACUGAAGUGCUGUGCCAGUGACACCAGCCUGAGCCACCACUGCAGAGCACAGCAAUGCUGUGCCGUGAAGGAUACACAGGUUCCUGUGCUGGGUUUCUUGGCACAGCCAAAGGGACACAACGGUAAUAGAAAACACUAUAUAGACUUUGUAAGGAAGAAGUUCUUUACUGUGAGGGUGCUUAGGCCCUGGCAUAGGUUGCCCAAAGAAGGGGUAAAUGUUCCAUCCCUGGCAGUGUUCAAGGCCAGGCUGGACAGAGCCUUGGGCGACAUGGUCCAGUGUGAGGUGACCCUGCCCAUGGCAGGGGGUUGGAACUGAAUGAUCUUAAGGUCCUUUCUAACUCAAACCAUUCUAUGAUUCUAUAAUUUAUAAGCUGUUGCUGACUUGCCCAGCUGAGCUUUCACCCUGUGUUUGACAGCAAGUCAGAGCUCCAGAACUGCACAGGGUGGCUUCAGACGGGAUAGCGCAGGCUCUAGGGUGAGCCCAAGUGCUUGUGCCUGCACUUACCAGUGCUAUGCCUGUUCAGAAGAUGUUAUUGAUUGCACAUAAAAUCCUACUUGAUAAAUCUGUUAGGGGUAACAGGAGUAAGAAAUGUAGCCUGCCUGGAAAUGGUAAAUCUAUGUUUAUAGCUUAAGUAGAAGAAAUAAAGGGGAAGACAGCAUUACUCAUGCCCAAAUCACUGAGCACAGGGAAAGACAACAUUGAAAAGGUUUUAAGACAUCAGUGCUCAAACAAAUAAAGCAUUAAACUAGUUGUUUCUACUACAGCCUCCCAGAUAAUACAAAACUGCAGCAUCACUGGCUCUUUAAGCACUCCCUUGUGAUGAACUGGACGAGCACUUACUUUAUCAUGGGGGUUAGAGCUGGUCCAAGUGGUACCCAGAGACUUGAUGCAGGUAGCUAUGAACCACUGCCAGAGCUUCUACAUCACAGGCCUGACAGCAUCUUGACAUGAAAUGUUUUGUCCAGCAUGAGUGAUUUUAUUCAGCAGACAAUUCAUCCGCACUCUAUGGUAAGCAAUAGCUCUGGCACAAGCUGAUGUGAUUGUAAUUAUAAGCUUGCACAAAAAGAAUAAAGCUCAGCAUGUUUCAUUCUGAAGGUAAUAAAGCUCCUGAAAA